CUCCCUGUUAGCUGUAACUGCUGAACGGAGACAAGCGGCUUCAUUCCGGAUCAGUUACAGUCAAAUUAUCAACUCCAGUAGUUUUUAAUUUCAGUAAAAAGUGCACAGAGUGGUCAGGUAGCGGUUUGGGCACUCUCUUGUGUGUUUACUCUCACUGAAAAGGUGUCGUUUCCUGUUCCGACUGUGAGUAGUUUGCUUCCGCCCUGGUGUUUGCUCCUGUGGUCUGUGGAAGAUAAAACUAUAACGGAUCUGAUAAGAUGGCGGACUGUGUCUCUAAGGUGGAGCUGAGCGUCUCCUGCUCUGACCUGCUGGAUAAAGAUGUCGGAUCAAAGUCUGAUCCUCUGUGCGUGCUGCUGCAGAAAAAUGGGGGAGACAAGUGGGUCGAGCUGGGUCGUACUGAGCGUUUGAACAACACCUCCAGCCCGUCCUUCAGUCAGCGUCUCAGAAUCGAUUAUCACUUCGAGGCGGUUCAGAAUCUGAAGUUCGGGAUCUACGACAUCGACAACUCCUCUGUUGACCUCGGCGAUGAUGACUACCUGGGAGGGGUGGAGCUAACACUGGGACAGAUAGUUUCCAGUAAAACUAUAUCCAGACCGCUGCAGCUGAAGAAAGGCAAACCUGCAGGGAAAGGAACCAUCACGAUCACUGCAGAGGAGAUCAAGGACAACAGAGCCAUCGUGUUGGAGCUGGAGGCGAAAAACCUCGACAAGAAGGAUACGUUUGGGAAAUCUGAUCCGUUCCUGGAGUUUUUCAAAAAAGGAGACGAUGGAAAGUGGCAGCUGGUGCACAGAACAGAGGUGGUGAAGAACAAUCUGAGUCCCACCUGGAGGAAGUUCACUGUUCCUCUACAGACGUUCUGCAGCAGCGACCUCGACAGACCGCUGAAGGUGGAUUGCUCUGAUCAUGACAGCGAUGGAUCUCAUGAUCUUAUCGGUUCUUUCACCACUAAAGCCUCUGAUCUGCAGAAAGCAGCGCACGGUUCACUGGUGGUGUUUGACUGCAUCCACCCUGAGAAACAGAAGAAGAAGAAGAGCUACAAGAACUCUGGAGUCGUCUCUGUGAAGAGCUGUGAGCUGGUGGCUCAGUACACUUUCCUGGACUAUGUGAUGGGAGGCUGCCAGAUCAACUUCACCGUGGGGAUCGACUUCACUGGCUCCAAUGGUGAUCCUCGCUCGCCCAACUCUCUCCACUACAUGAGUCCAGACGGGUUGAACCAGUACCUGUCUGCUCUGUGGUCUGUGGGCCAGGUGGUCCAGGACUACGACACUGAUAAACUCUUCCCAGCUUUCGGAUUUGGAGCCAAACUUCCUCCAGACUAUCAGGCUGCACACCAUGAGUUCGCCCUCAACUUCAACCCCACCAACCCCUACUGCCAAGGUAUUCAGGGGAUCGUUGAGGCCUACAGGCAGGUUUUGCCUCAGCUGAGACUCUCUGGACCCACAAACUUCUCUCCCAUCAUAACUCAUGUUGCUUCCAUCGCCGCGACCGCUGCGCAGACCAACACUGCCUCUCAAUACUACGUCCUCCUCAUCCUCACUGACGGUGAGAUCACAGACUUCGAUCAGACCCGGGACGCUAUUGUUCGGGCGUCGCGGCUGCCGCUGUCAAUCAUCAUCAUUGGGGUGGGGCCAGCGGACUUCAAGGCCAUGGAGCUGCUGGAUGGAGACGAUGGCGUGCUGAGGUCGACGGUGGGGGAGGCGGUCGCCAGAGACAUUGUCCAGUUUGUCCCGUUCAGGCAGUUCAAAGAUGCUCCCAUGGCGACUCUGGCUCAGUCUGUCCUCGCUGAGGUUCCCAACCAGGUGGUGUCUUACUUCAAGAUGAGAGGCCUUGAACCCCCCAAACCAAAGGCUGCUCCCAAAGCCUAAACUCCACCCCGACACACCCCAACAGUGCACUCCUCACACCCGACCAUGAUGCUGAAAGCCAACCCCUCAUCUCAUUCCAGGAGCAGACCACGCCCCCCCUCAGCUCUGGCCCCGCCCACAUAAUCGACCACUCUUCAGGGACCAACCUGAUGUGUUGCACUGAAUCUCAGCCAAUCAUAAUGCAGCACCGAGCUGUUAGCCAAUCAGGAGGCCACGAGCGACCACUCCCAGUUUUUAUUUUUUUUUCUAAUCAGUUUUAUAAUUACUUAGUAUAGGUGAUUGGUUAUUGAUUCCUUCUGCUGCUUCCACACUAACUAUGCAUAUCACAUGUGUUUAUCGACAUGUGUUUAUCAAUCACAGAGCCACACACACACACACACACACACACACACACACACACACACACACACAAAGGAAGUGUCUGCCGUUUUUGGCUCCACAUUCUGAAUGUUGCCACAGUAACAGAAUAUCUUCUGAGAGUUGAAUCUGUAUUGACUUUGAUUAGAGAGUUAGAGUUUAUUGGUUUCCCAUUCUCUUCAAUAUAGUCAGCGUGUUGUGGACAUUAGAUGAACUGCAGCUGCGUUAAUCUCUCUGUAGCCAUUGGUUUCUACGUUACUAUGGCGACUCUUUGCACCCUGGACCAGCUCUGUGUGUGUGUGGCUCCGAUCAGCUGAAUUGAUCAGGUAUUGAUACUUUGCACUUUGCUUUUGCUCUAGAUGCUGGAAAAUUAUAUUAUAGCAUUAUAUAUUAUAUAUCAUAGCAUUACUUCUAUAGCCUUUCUAACAAACUCCACACUGUAGCCUUACUGUGGACUUUAGCGUAGCCUCAGCACGCUUCAGCUGCUUCCGCCUGAAUGUUUCAAGACUGUUCUGUCACGACUCUCAGUGGUUUGUUGAUCUCGCCGUGCCAAACUCAUUUAUUCCAUGAAGCUGUGUUUAGUCUGUGUUUCCCUAAACCUGAUCACCUGCAACAUCCCCCCCACAAGAAUCGAGUCUCCAUCAGUUAAUCUUUGCAGCCUUGUCGCAUCUGAACGAAUGUAGCUCGUCUCCAUUCAGAAGUUGGAUAUAAUCCUACAACGGAAAUCAUUUGUUCCUCAAAUGUAUGACAUGAAGAAGACAGCAGUUACAUCAUGCAGACCCUUUGCUGCUACAUGAAUGUAUAACCCAGACUUCAGACAGUAGAGGCACUGAUUAAUCUCUCUGUAGGGGGAAAAAAAAAUGUUGAAACAAUAAAUGACAAAAUGAAAGUAAAUAAAGAGCAGUAAGAGAAGAAUCAUGGAGUUGAGUGAAGUCUACUGAGGACAGCUUGUUACUGAAAGUAAAGAUGAUGUCCCAGUACAAAGUGCCUUUCUGAAUAUAACCUCUGACAGCUUCUGAGUCUUCAGAAUUUAAUAUUUGCUGGGAGCCAACAUGGCUGACUCAGACAUGGUGUUGUGAUGCUGUGUUCAGGUCAUGUGGAUGUUACCAUAAAUAUUUUAAGCAUCUAAAUCAGACUGUUUUUCAGUAGUAGGUUGAUCACAUGCUCGUGUCUGAAAAAUAACAAGGCGCCCUCAAGUUGAUCAUGUAACUUAACUACAACUAUUUGUUUGGAGUUAAACAGGUGACUGAUUCUUACAUAAUGCACCUUUUAACCGUCUCUCUUCAGCAGUCAAUAUUUAAACAAAGCAGAAAUGCAAAAAACAAUCUUAAAGGGAACAUGACCGCUGUCUCCAGUUCUCCAGGAAGUCGUAAACACGGUAACACUUCAUCCCACGUGACCACAGCGGGGCGUCCAACAUGGCGGAGCAGCAUCACACUGAGAGUCUGACUGCAGUCUGCGCUGUUUAGAUACCAAAGACUGUUUGCUAAUUAAUGUAGCUCCUCCUACUGAGUACUCUGAGUACUCACAAUGUGUCAAAACUCAUGUUUACUGAAGGAAAGCCACAUUUAAUUUUGUCAAAAUGCUCAUUAAAGAGCUUCUGCCAACACGUCAUCUGCAGCCACUUUACUUACAACUGCUAAGAGUUCAUUUGAAAUCAGGUUCUAACCUCUUUAAAUCACCACUUUUGCUGUUGUAUUUGAUAGAAAUGAUAGAAAGGAAAGGAUGAGUAUUUUAAAAUCAUUUUGAAGUUAUGUUUUGGGUUUUUUUUUUCGUGGGUCCAUUUUAUGUACGUGACAUCUUUAAAUUGCAUUUUAUUUGUAGCACUGACGUUUGACAUUCUUCAUGUUUGGGAACAGUUUGUGUAGCUAAAUAAUCAAUUACUUGUUUUUGUAGCUUGGAACAGCAUCUGUAAAAUGUAUUGAAUUGUGGGAAAACAGCGUUACAGAAAAACUGUGCAGCUACAUCUAAUGGUGUUAAACAGCAAGUGGAGCUAAAACUGUAAAAAUGUGUUCAUUUAUGCAGCUGUUUUCUAGAGAGACCGACCGAAGUUCAGGAGAAUUACAACUUUGUCCAUGUAAUCAAGAGUUCUGAAAGCUCCAGAGAAAAACGAUUCAAAUAUACCACGAGUUCGGAUAACUUUUUGUUUGUAGUUUUGUUUUUAACCUCCUUCUAUGCCAACCUGCAAAACAUUCUCUAGCUUGAAGUCCCUGUCAGUCUGCCAUGAUGAUGAGUUGUUGCCAAAAUCGUGUUUUAUGUUCAAGUUGAAGGGAAUUCUGUUUUCACACAUGUGGUGUAAAAUGUUUAAAAAAAAAAAAAAAA